CGGGGCGGAGCUUCGCGGUUUGGACGCAGCCGGGGUUUUGGUUUCCCCGGGCUGCCGCUGGUGCGGGUGAACUGGGACCCUUCUCCCCGCGACCCCAGUGUUCUGCCCUUUUUUUUCUCCUCCGCUUCCUUCCUCGGGGGUGUCGGAGCCUCAGCCCCUUGCGCCUUUGCCCAGAAACUUCUUCGAAGCUUGUUCUAUGUUGUCGGAUUUGUUACCCUGUCCACACAUUUUCUCUUUCGUGCUGAAAGAGAGCCCUUUCCCGGGUUGGAGCGGUGACGCAGGUUGGAAACGGUCUCCGUCGCCACGAGUGAGCUCUCCAGCUGCUCCAGAGACCGCUGGACUUGCCUGUCCGCGACCACUCCUCGUUGGUCCGAUGUAUUGCCCGUUUCUUCCGUGCCGCGGAUUGCUCUCCUGGAGUUGCAGCCACAGGUUGAAGUCAGCCUGGGCUUCCUCUCUUUGGGGACGCGCGUUACCUACACACAGGAGAAAACGACGCUCCACACCUUUAACUUCUUCCACACUUCCUUCACAAGCAACAGAGAAAAGCUCCUAUUUUCAGACCACCGAGAUCUCACUGUGGACGGUAGUGGCUGCUAUUCAGGCCGUGGAGAAGAAGAUGGAGUCCCAGGCUGCCCGGCUACAGAGCCUGGAGGGACGCACGGGGACAGCUGAGAAGAAGCUGGCUGACUGCGAGAAGAUGGCCGUGGAGUUCGGGAACCAGCUGGAGGGCAAGUGGGCUGUGCUGGGGACCCUGCUGCAGGAGUACGGGCUGCUGCAGAGGCGGCUGGAGAACGUGGAGAACCUGCUGCGUAACAGGAACUUCUGGAUCCUGCGGCUGCCCCCGGGCAGCAAGGGGGAGGCCCCCAAGGUGUCCAGGUCACUGGAGAAUGAUGGCGUCUGUUUCACUGAGCAGGAAUGGGAGAAUCUGGAGGAUUGGCAGAAGGAGCUCUACAGAAACGUGAUGGAGAGUAACUAUGAGACGCUGGUCUCUCUGAAGGUCCUUGGCCAGCCAGAGGGAGAAGCAGAGUUGGGUACAGAGAUGCUGGGUGACUUGGAGGAGGAAGGUCCUGGUGGUGCCCACCCAGGUGGGGUCAUGAUCAAACAGGAGCUACAGUAUACACAGGAAGGCCCUGCGGAUCUUCCUGGAGAGUUCUCGUGCAUUGCUGAAGAGCAGGCUUUCCUGAGCCCGGAGCAGACUGAGCUCUGGGGUGGUCAGGGCGGUUCUGUCCUCUUGGAAACAAGUCCUGGGGACUCUACUCUAGAGAAGCCUGUUUGUAGUAGAGAUCCUAGCAGCGGCAGAACUGUGGGCUGCCCGAAGCAGAAAUCUCAUAGGCAGGUACAGCUGGGCCAGGAAUGUGGGCAGGGCCUGAAGCUGAAAAAGGACACUUCCCGCCCCUAUGAAUGUUCUGAGUGUGAGAUCACCUUCCGCUAUAAGCAACAGCUGGCCACACAUCUGCGCAGCCACUCGGGGUGGGAGUCUUGUACACCUGAGGAGCCAGUGGAGAGCCUUAGGUCCAGGCCACGGCUGAAACCGCAGACCCAAAAGGCUAAGCUGCAUCAGUGUGAUGUGUGCCUGAGGAGCUUCAGCUGCAGGGUGAGCCUGGUGACCCAUCAGCGUUGCCACCUGCAGGAGGGGCCCAGUGCCAGCCAACAUGUCCAGGAGAGGUUCUCACCCAACAGCCUGGUUGCCCUGCCUGGCCACAUCCCUUGGAGGAAAAGCCGGAGUUCCCUCAUCUGUGGGUACUGUGGCAAGAGCUUCAGUCACCCGUCUGAUCUGGUGCGGCACCAGCGCAUCCACACGGGCGAGCGGCCCUAUAGCUGCACCGAGUGUGAGAAGAGCUUUGUCCAGAAGCAGCACCUCCUGCAGCACCAGAAGAUCCACCAGCGGGAGCGGGGCGGGGAGCCCGGAAGGCCCAAUGGACUGCUUUAAGGGUGCAGCCCCUCGCCCGUCCGGGGGGCGGAGGGGGGUGGCAUUGGUCCCCCCGAAGAGACUGCAGAGUCAGGAACUGACUUCUUCCUGAGGGCAGUUGUUUCUGAUUUGUCUUCCCUUGUCCCAGUACCAAGUCAAGCCCAGAGGCUGUCCUGAAAACCCUGUGGAAGAAGAGUCCAGGCCAGGUCUUUACCUUGCUGCUGAGUUUGCUGUUUCUUGGCACCUUCAGGUCUCUGGUUUUCUCAUUCAUGCUGAUGCUUGUGGGCUGGGGUUGCCGUUCCGACCCCACAGGGACUGGUGGCUGGUUCCAGGGCUUGUCCCGGCAUUUCAUGUCUUCCCACAGGGUUGAGUCGGGUCAUAGGGGUGAGCAGCUGCCUGGAAGAGUUUUGGAAAGUAUAACCCUCCGUUUUUUCUUGUUUUGUAAUCUCUGUUAAUAACAAGUAGAAGUAAUAAUUUAAAUGAGCUGCUUACCCUGCUCUGAAGAACCUUUUUUGGAAUUAGAUUUUAGUUGAUUUUUUAGAGAACACAGCCCAAUACUUGUUUUUUACAUUUUAAGAGUUGUAGAAGUUGUUCCUAACAUGGGGACUGGGCCUACCCUCUAGGAGGGAAUUGUUAAUGGGGCUCUUUUAGCCCACCGAUGCUUACUUAGGCCAGAGGCAGGGGACACAGUGCUAGGUUCCCUUAUGGGGUGCUUGUCUCAAAAGGACCAAGAGGAAAAGAGUCGGAGGGAUAGACCCCGCAGCCCCUGCUGAGAAGAAAGAUGCUAGUGAAGAGGCCGAUGGUGUGGCUGUGGUCUGGGACUUGCAGUGUCUCAGCAUGCGCCUCUCCUCUUCCCACCUCCUCCUUGCUGUGUUCUGCAGCCUCCCAGAGUAGAAGACUACUUUGUUACUUAAGGUUGUUCACCUUGUACCAGUGGUUGAGUUUGUUCCUAUUACACCAAUCCUUACUUGAGGUGGUUCAGAUUAUAGUUUCCAAAUUCAUUCUGGGAUUGACUAUUCCAGAGAAGGUAGAGAAAAAGCACACAGAUGUUUGUCUCAGGAGUGUUGAAUGUGUGCCCCGCUGCUGUGUGGGGGGAUGGGAGUGGGCUCUGGGGUCAUUUGUGAAAAUCCCCUUGGAUGAUUUGCCGUUGCCUAGAAUAAAACUUGUACUAGAAAAAAAAAAAAAAAAAAGUU